AUGGCUCAACCUCCACCUCCCAGGCCCUCAGGUUACUUCGAAAAGAAGGGCGAGGUCCACGAGCUACGGCAACUUCUCAGAGGUGCCUCCGCAGAACGAGAUCAGCAGAAAAAGAGAGAUGCCAUCAAGAAGGUCAUUGCCUACAUGACUUUGGGCAUCGAUGUGUCACCUCUCUUCAGCGAGAUGGUCAUGGCAAGUGCCACGACAGAUCUGGUGCAAAAGAAGAUGGUGUAUUUGUAUUUGGUGAACUACGCAGAGAGCAACUCGGACUUGGCGAUCCUCGCCAUCAACACGCUCCAGAAGGACUGUCGGGACGACGAUCCCAUGAUCCGAGGCUUGGCACUGCGCUCCCUGUGCUCCUUGAGCUUAGCCAACAUGGUUGAGUAUCUCCAGCCCGCGGUGCAGCGUGCCUUAGAGGAUGUCAAUGGCUAUGUUCGGAAAACCGCGGUCAUAGGGGUGGUGAAGAUUUUCUAUAUCAACCCAUCAGUAGUGACCGAGACAGAGCUGUUGCCGUCUCUGAAGCGGCUGGUGAAUGAUAACGAUGCGCACGUGGUGUCCAACACCAUCUCUGCACUGGAGGAGGUCCUUGCCAGUGAGGGCGGAUACAUGCCAAGCGAGGAAGUGAUCACCGCCCUGCUCAAUCGCAUCAUGCAUUUCUCCGAGUGGGGUCAGUGUGCCAUUUUGCGGCUGCUGACCAAGUAUAGUGUUGCCAACGAAGGAGAGAUGUUCGAUAUCAUGAACAUCUUAGACGACUUGCUGAAGCAGUCGAGUAGCGCGGUGGUUUUGUCAGUGACCAAGAUCUUCGUGGACCUCACGAGCAACCGGCCGGACAUCCAGCAGGACGUGCUUCAGAGACUGAAGGGCCCAUUGCUGACCCUGAUGGCUGCUGCCAGCACGGAGCUUGCAUAUACUGUCUUGGUCCACAUCCAUGCCCUCCUGGGUCGAGGGCCCCGCACAGUGGAAGCCCAGCACUUGGUCCGCAAGUGCAACUCUUCCUGCGCUCCGCGCUCGCGCUCCGCGCUCGCGUCCUCCGGUGUCGCCAUGGCAUCCAUCACCCGAGAGGAAGUUCAGAAGCACAACAAGGCGGAUGAUGCCUGGAUCAUCGUUGACGGAGACGUGUAUGACGUGACGAAGUUUGCAGGGGUCCACCCCGGCGGCACGCAGAUCCUCUUGGAGUACGCUGGAAAGGAUGCCACUGAGGACUUCUAUGCCUUGCACAGGCUGGAAGUGCUGGACAAGUACCAGCGCUUGAAGAAGGGUCGUCUCGCAGAUGCCAAGGGCCCACCACCCAAGAAGGCCGCCGAGGUGAUGCAGGAGUUCAGCAAAGUGCCCUUCGCGGAGCCGACGUAUUUGCAGGGCUUCAAGUCACCUUACUUCAACGAGACCCACAUCAAGCUGAGACAGGAGGCUCGCAAGUUCUUCUGCGGUGAAACUCUGGAAGAAGCCUUGGAGUGCGAAGCCAAAUCCACUGCACCAAGCAAGGACAUGCGGAAGCGCAUGGGUGAGCUGGGACUGAUUGCCAUGGUGCAGGGACCUGGAGCUCACUUGAAAAUCCCGCCCAAGGGCCUUUGUGGCGGUGUGGUGAAGCCCGAAGAUUUCACCUACUUCCACGAGAUGGUGGUGCAAGAGGAGCGUUGCCGUACCAUGUGCCCUGGCUAUGAAGAUGGCUUGGACGGCGCCGUGUCCAUUGGUUUGCCGGUGCUCCUGAAGUAUGGCUCUGAAUGGAUGAAGAACGAGGUGGUGCCUCCCAUCAUCAUGGGCGAGCAGACGGUGGUGCUCAGCAUCACCGAGGCCUUCGCUGGGAGCGACGUGGCCGGGCUCCGCACCACCGCGGUGCUGGACGCCAGCGGCGAGCGCCUCGGCGUCGGGAGAGGACGAACGAACGAAGCGGCGGAGCGCGGAGAAGGCCGAAGAACCAACCAGAGAAGAAGCGGAAGAAGAAACAGAUGGAACAGAUGGACAGCCCGUCGAUUUGGGCCCCAUGGGUGGAAGGAGAGGGAGCCGGUUGAACCCUUUUGA